GCCCAGCCCGCUCUGGGCAGAAAGACCCAGGAACGAGAGGAGGCAGCGGGUGUGAAGUCAGGCCUCGCAGGGGCAAGAAGGAAACCAUCCAAAGCCAGCUGGUCUGGCUUUGAAAAAGCAAAGCAUUGAGAGGGAGGCAAGUGAGAGAGAGAGCAAGAAAGAAAGAGAGUCAGCAGGAGAGAGAGAGAGAGAGAGAGAGAGAGAGAAAAGAGGCUGAGGGAAAAAUAAGAGAGUUUUUAUGUUGAGGGAAAAGAAAGGUAAACGUCCACACCUGAGGACUCAGCCUGAACAGCAGGUUCUGUGAAGGCUUUUGUGGCAAGAAAGAAACAGGACAGCUUUUUUCUCAAGGAGGAGAAAUCAGCAGGAAGCUCAAACAAGAGAGGAGCAUUGAAGAAAAGGACGAGUGCAAGAAAGACAGAGAGAGAAGGAAAGAGAGAUACAAAGGAAGCAAAAGGCUGGAGCUGGAUAUUCUUGAUCCUGCAAAGAGGAUAUUGCUGCUUUGAUAGUGGGAUUGCUGUGUGUCACGACAAGAGAAGCUGUGAGACAGACUGAUAAAACAAGCGAGAGAAGACGAAGGCUGAGAGGAAGACAGCGGCGAGAGAGUGAGAGAGACUACAAUGUGCUAGGAGGGGCGAAGGAACACAAGCUUGGGUGUUUUUCUGAUAUUCUCGUGGUGUCAGAGAGACAAAACAGAACGCAAAGAUGGGACGGAAGAAGAUACAGAUCACGCGGAUCAUGGAUGAGAGGAACAGGCAGGUCACCUUCACGAAGAGGAAGUUUGGCUUGAUGAAGAAAGCUUACGAACUGAGUGUAUUAUGUGACUGUGAGAUAGCCCUGAUCAUAUUCAACAGCUCAAACAAACUCUUUCAGUACGCGAGCACUGACAUGGACAAAGUCCUGCUUAAAUACACAGAGUACAACGAGCCCCACGAGAGCAGAACCAACUCGGAUAUCGUCGAGAAACUAAGAAACAAAGGACAUAAUGACUGUGGCAGCCCAGACCCUGAUGAUGGUUUUGGGCACAGUCCCCUUGCGGAUGACCGUUACGGCAAACUAAGCGAAGCGCUAAACAAGAAAGAACACAGAGGCUGUGAUAGCCCGGACCCCGAUGCCUCAUAUGUCCUCACCCCUCACACUGAAGAGAAAUAUAAAAAAAUUAAUGAGGAGUUUGAUAAUAUGAUGAGAAAUCAUAAAAUCCCCGCGGGACUGCCCCAGCAAAACUUCUCCAUGCACGUGACCGUGCCGGUCAGCAACCCCAACGUCAUGUCCUACAACCCAGGUGCGGCAUCCCUGGGCUCCCAGGCCCUGGCGGCGGCCGCCGCCUCCCUGAACGAGAGCGGGAUGCUGUCCCCUCCACAUGCCUCCCUCCACAGGAACGUGGUGUCUGGCGGGGGCCCCCAGCGACCCCCCAGCACCGGCAGCGCAGGUGCCAUGCUGGGUCCCCCUGACCUGUCUGUGCCAAACGGCGUAGGCUCCAGCCCGGCCGGAAAUGGCUUUGUCAACCCGAGAGGUUCCCCUGGGCUGCUGGGUAACCCCAGUGGCAACGGUCUGGGGAAGGUGAUGCCCACAAAGUCCCCCCCACCACCAGGGGGCAACAUGGGCAUCAACAGCCGCAAGCCCGACCUGAGAGUAGUCAUCCCCCCGUCCAGCAAAGGCAUGAUGCCCCCACUGUUCGGGGUGGGACAGUCAGAGGAAGAGGAAAUGGAGCUGAGCACCCAAAGGAUAAGCAGCUCCCAGUCCAACCAGCCCCUGGCCACCCCAGUGGUGUCCGUCACCACCCCCAGCCUGCCUCCCCAGGGCCUGGUCUACUCAGGCAUGCCCACUGCCUACAAUACUGAAUAUUCCCUGAGCAGCGCUGAGCUCUCGUCUCUGCAAGGCUUUGGCUCUCCAGGGCUCUCUCUGGGCUCCAUGUCGGCAUGGCAACAACACCAACUGGGCCAGGCAGCUCUCAGCUCGUUGGUAGGUGGCGGUCACUUACCUCAAGGCUCCAACCUCUCCAUCAACACCAGCCAGAAUGUCAACAUCAAGUCCGAGCCCAUCUCACCCCCACGCGAGCGCCUCACCCCGUCCGGCUUUGCCACCCAGCAGCAGCAGCAGCAACAGCAGCAGCAACAGCAGCAGCAGCAGCAGCAGCAGGUGGCCCCGUCCAGCCGGCCGGACAUGGGCCGCUCGCCGGUGGACAGCCUCAGCUCGUCCUGCUCUUCAUACGACGGCAGCGACCGCGAGGACCACCGGACCGACUUUCACUCCUCACUGGCCGGGCUGGGCGGCGGAGGCGGCGGCGGUGGCGGGCGGCCCCCGGCCGGGGGCGACGAGCGCGAGAGUCCCUCUGUAAAGCGCAUGCGCAUGGACACCUGGGUCACAUAAAAGAGCCCCGUGGUGGACAGCGCCCUCUGGUGGGCCGUCCGGGUAACAGCUGGCUGGAAACUCACAUCUGGACCUUCUUUGGGCCCUAACUGGCCCAGAGGGGGAGAUGGAUCCAGCUAGCUGUUAGCAGGACGGCUGGAGGGAGGAGAGGGAGUGGGCUGAGCCAGAGAGGGAGGGGGGCGAGGGGCCGACACGACACGGGGACGGGGGUCAUUGUUGUUGUUGUUGUUGUUGUUAUUAUUACUAUUAUUAUAAUUAUUAUUAUUUAACUUCAUUUCAUUUUGUAAAGUAGGUCAAGUGGUGGAGGAGAGAGUUGAGAAGAUGUCUUGACAUAUCUAAAUUUAAAACCAGCCAAGUCAAAGUGGGAAAAUCAAGUCAAGUGGUCAGGCUGAAUUAUGUGCUCAAGCAGGAGUUAUCAGGUACUCAGCGCAGGUCAGGUUUUCUGCAGGACCCCUUGUUUGAGGAGGGAAAAAAACAAAAAAACAAAGUAUAUAUAUAUAUUACAAAACUCUAGAUAACUGUAGUCACUGGUCCAGUCAGGCACUUACCUGUAGUAGCUGUUUUUUGCUGUUAAUCUUUUGCAAGUUUUCAAGCAAUCAGUGCAAGUAGGAGAGUGGCUUUCUGUCAGAUGGCUCUUGCCUUUGUUUUUGAAUAUUGUGUAACUUUAUGUCCCCAUAAGCUUUUUUGAAGUGAACAGACAACUCAUUGUCUAUUGAAAUAUUUGACUUUAUCAAUUUAAAUUUGGGAAGUGUAUGUCAUGAGAUAUGGUGAGGAGGAUGUGUUGGUAUCUAAAUAUUUUUCCCAGUAAUAACACAAUAUCAGCGAAUAAGGAAACGGACAGACACAUCAUAUGACAUACUUCACAUGGUUGUUUUAUGUAAUUGGAAACUACACAGAAACACUUUUUAUUGGUACCUUUUUUGCGACUUCAAAUGAAUGGGAAAAUCUAUUUAAGCCAUGAAAUCUAGACCAGUUGAACUGGCAUCAAUAGCAAGCUAUUCUUACUCACCUCAAACAACUUAAUGGUAUCGUAAGCCAAAGCUGUAUGUUUUUUGGUGUUUGGAGAUAACUAACAUUUGUAACUCCAGACAAUUAUUUUCUUUUUCAGUUCUGUUAUAAUUGUGCUUUGUUGCAUACAGUACAAAAAUAUCAUGCAAACCAGAUCUUGAAACAAUAUUGAAAGCCAUGAACACCUGAUGUUCUGUUUGUAAAUUAAAAAUUUGAGCCAAACAUUUUUUGUUUUGUAUAUAGCAACUUUAAUAUAUAUCACCUUCGGUGUAAGUACGUAUGUAUUGUACCUUCACCAGAUUCAAGGAAAAAAAAGUAUAUUUUUGUGGAUUACAGCCAGAUUUACAAGGCGAUAUCCUUAUUAAGUAGAGUAUUCACUGGUUCAUAUUUACUAUUUUGUUAACAAUACUGUACUUUCUUCAAAACUGAAUUAUUAUCGUUAAUAAUCAAAGUGUUUUUAUUUUAAAGAAGGUAGUUUUUGGGGUCGUGUUCCCUUUAAUGGUGGUGAAUGUCUGUCCAUACAAAAAUUGUAAUAACCGUGCUGUAAGUUUAAAGCAUCACUCUAUCUUUAUUUUCUAAGUCUUGUUUUUUUGUAAAAGAUAAUCAUGUUAAAGAACAUCUGGUUUCUUUCCUACAGCGAUUGUGUUUAGGACAGGUCCAAGGCUGCUGAAUACACUGCCUUUCAAACCACAUGGUCCCAUAUUGGCAUCGCUUAUUAUUAUUAAUUUGCCUAAUUCAAGACACAUAUCGAAGACUUUGUUCAAGAAAUUACCCCCCAAAUUAUUUAUAAACCAAUGGGUGCACCAUUUUGUUUUCUUGGUUAUUUUUGCCAUAUACUUUCAUAUACAAUCCACACCAAUUGAACAUGUGCACAAAACUGUUUAUUGUAAAUAUCCUAGCAUUGUGUAACUAUCUGCAUUCAAUAUGUACAGGACACAUUUUUCCUUUUUAUUUGUUUUUGCAAAUUUGGCUCAAUAGACUGUCAUCAGCAUCAAAUUCCCUUGAUGACCAGUAGACAUUAUACAAAAAAAUCUUAUUUGUAACAAAGCAUUUCCCCCAAAUGAAAAAGGCCUUCUAUAGUGCUAGAACACGGGAGGCCAUAAUUCUACUCCCUACCUGGCUGCAGUUGCUUGGCUAUGAGCACCUGAGUCUCCUCACUCCAUGUAAUACAGCUUUUGUUAAGCUGGUCCUGGCUUGCAUCAUUUCUCUCCCCCACCAACCCCCUCCACAUAUCAGGAAACCCUGAAUCGGACCCUGGCCGGGUGUGGUGCAGGUCAGCCAGGCCUGUAUCCAUCCAGGUGUGUAGGGGCGUCCAGUGUCAGCUGCAAUAGCCCACACACACCCCGCUACUCUACCGGUGGAAAAAAAAGAGUCAGGGGAUUCAGCAGCUACAGUCAGAAACCUACACAAAAUGGUGACAUAUUUGACAUGAUCUCACUGCUGGAUUGCUUGUUUUUAUUGUGAAACAAACAAACAAACAAAGUUUGCUGUAAUCAAAAGGAGUCUCUCUUUACAUUUCCUAUCUAUUUCUGUGUGUGAUACCAUAGGCAGAUAUAUAUAUAUAUAGAUAUACCUCCCUUUUUUGUCCUCACAAGUGAACAAAACGCAAGCUAUGCGAGCAUCUUGCGAUCAGCCGAUAUUGAUCUAUGCAGUCAUCAGACAAAACACAGGCCCACAGGCUCCCCUGGCUUCUCUUAAGUGAUGUCUUUCUCUCUCCCUUAUAGCUGGGUGUAGUUUAUAUGCUCAGGCAUUUAACAGUGGGGGAAAAUGACUGUUAACCUCUCCCUUAAGUGCUUGCAUCUUCUCAUUGGUGGAACUAUCAUACAUACCAUUCGAAUGGCAACAAUUUCUAUAGUCACCUCAGUGUUGAACAUGUUAUUGAUGUGAGCUUUUCAAUCAGUACCUGUAGAUUUACCUCAAGGAAAUUUCCAGAUGACACACCAUUUAAUUUUUGCAUACUGAGUCACAAUAUUUUAAGAGACCUCAUCAAUCCAACCAAACACAAUCAAAGCCUUUUUAUAUACAAAAGCAAUAAUCCCGUAGCUCAUGGUAUGGCUUAAUGGCACUAUCAGUAUCACCACAACAGUUUGCUUUUGUUGUUCUUCAAACAUUUUCACAAACUCACACACACAUACACACAGGCAUUCGGACAUUUGCAUGCACUCACUAUGCACAAAAUGCUCAAUUGGAUAUCAGGGACUUUCUCUAGUUUCAUCAUAAAUGCACAGUCAGUGGGUAGCCUUAUUCCAAAGAAGCUGGUUACAUGAAUCACCAUGGAUCACAUGUGGCCCUUGUUUGAUCAUGGUUUGACAACACUUUUUUGGUGCUGUCAGACUAGUAAGCCACACACACAUCACAUGAAAUACAUAGCAAAUCUAAAGAGACCCCAGUGCUCCUUUGGUCUGUGUGCUGUGUCAGAUAUCAUGCACAAUUAUUGAAUGUGAAAAGGAAGGGAUAUGUGAAAAAACAAGGAACGAAGGACGAUUUGUAGAUGACUUUCUUCACUUUGCUGUGCAAGAGUACACUGCUUUGCUUAAUGGCUUUUCUAAACAGAACUAUAUGUAUUUGGUAAUUGUUUGUAGUUACUAGUUCACUUCAAGAAGCUGUUUGCGGUUUGUCUGCUCAAACCGUUUGGCGGCACAAGCUGGACUUUGUUGCCAUGAAUGAAACAACAUGUUUCAGGAAGAAGAAAAAAAAUCAAGAGAUAAUUUUAAGUUAAUCUGCAUUAUAUUUCCCUUGAAUGUGUUGUUUUAUCUUCACUAUACAAUAAAUAUUCUAGUGAACUUUUUAUCGAAUGACUAAGAUAUUAUGCUAGAGAUUGUUGUACAAAUUUGUAUUCUGCAUUCACUAAAGUAAAGAUAUUGGCUUUUACUGUGUAAUAUAGGUCCUCUCGCUUAUUCUGUACAAACUGAAGUGGGCAACUAUGAAUCUGAUGUGACUUUGUGACGUCCAUCAUGUGAAGUCUCCAAUAACAGAACCUGUCAGCUCAAUUAAAACAUCAAUGUACUCCCAAA